AAUCGAACUGUUUAUAAGAUUUAGGAACCGAACAUUAUCCCCUAAGGCCUAUUGCUAGGAACCGAACUAAAUGGUAAUUUCGAACUAAAUGAAACUAUUUUCAUAAUAAAAAAUACUUGUUUGUGAUUAACUACAAAUUCUCGUUUUGGCUGAUUAACUUUUUCAAGUAAAAAGAAAAAACAAAUGCUUCAAUACUUGGAUAUUACUUAAAAUUGAAAAUUAGUCUUUGAAAUCAAUGAAGGAGGUGCUCUAACAUAAGUUCAUGCGCGAAUUGGGCCACUUUUCUAUGCUUAAACCUCUCACGUUUUGAAGAAGCAGGAGGUUACUUUUGCAGAUUUCGGACAACUAGCUCUGCCAAAAUGUCACAAAUGCGAUUCUUCCUUGUUGCGCUGCUUCUUGCUUACCCAGAUCUGUUUUUACCAGGAGUGGACUCAUCGACGAAAUUGAUGUUCACGAACAAGUGCGAACAAACGAUUUGGCCGGGCAUUUUGUCGAACGCCGGUGUUGCACCGCUGGAUACCACCGGAUUUUCGUUGGAGAGGGGCGAAUCCAAGACGAUCAGUGCUCCGUCGAGCUGGGGAGGUCGUUUAUGGGGUAGGACCCAAUGCACCGAAGAUUCCGCCGGGCAAUUCAGCUGCGUCACAGGCGAUUGCGGGUCUGGGAAGGAGGAAUGCGCCGGCGGAAACGCCGCUCCCCCGGCUACGCUGGCGGAGUUCACCCUAGAUGGCAGCGGAGGGAUGGACUUCUAUGACGUCAGCCUAGUGGACGGGUACAACCUGCCGAUGCUGGUGGCCCCGCAGGGCGGAUCUGGAGUGAACUGCACGGCGACGGGAUGUCGGGUGGAUGUGAACGGACUCUGCCCGUCGGCGCUGAAGGUGACGAGCUCGGAGGGAGAUAUGGUGGCGUGCAAGAGCGCGUGUGAGGCUUUCGGCGACCCGGAGUACUGUUGCAGCGGCGCGUUCGGCACACCCGACGCUUGCAAGCCGUCGAGUUACUCGAUGAUGUUCAAAGGAGCUUGCCCGAGCGCGUACAGUUACGCGUACGACGAUAAGACCAGCACCUUCACCUGUUCCGGCGCGCCCGAUUAUGUUAUUACCUUCUGUCCAUCUCCCAACACCAG